AGGCUUGUGAGCCAAUAGUAUAACGCGUUGGUAUCACGUGGUGUAGUUGCCAGUUAGUGUGGAAAACGCUAGCUAACUUUUACUGUAGCUGUCUAAUGUGGAGGCUGUGGGUUUUAACAGCAUCCCUACAGCGAACUGUACUGGACUCUUUGAUUGGAAUAAAAUGUAAAUAUUUAGCUAAUGUCUUACAGUGUAAGGAUGACUGAAAUAUAAUUUUAUGGUAAGUGUUGCAACAUAGGGCCCCUAUAAUUAUUAAAUGAUGGGGGAAAAGGGUUAGCUAAAGCUAGCUAGCCAUAUCCUCAGAUGACCAUAGAUAAUGUUACAUGAAACACCAGCGCACAAAGUCACCUAAAUCUAUAGUUAUGUAUAGCUAUAUGUUGCAAAAUGAAUUCAUUACUCUGUCACGGAAGAUUCAUCACUUGAUCUGAGUCUGAGUCUCUCCACUGACCAUGAAAUGUGCAGGUUAACAAACUGGGAACCACUGGACUGGGAACCACUGGACUGGGAGGGGGGAGGGGGAGUGCGGCUGAUGUGAUCAAUGUUAUCAAUAGCACCUUUAACACACUAGAUAAGAUCUAUAUACAACUCCUGAUCAGAAAAUCAAAAAACAAAGCAGAGGUGUCACACAGUUGCUAUGGUAACCUGGUAAACAACACAGUUUAGUUUGGUCUCUGCUGCUAUGCGCACAGUUACCGUGGCGACAGGUAAACAGGAAGCUCAGAUGCAGGGGAGACAAAAUGUCAGCAAGGAGAAAAGAGAGAGCAGAGGAGGAGAACAAGGAGGCUUUCUCAGAGGAGGAGGAGAGGAGGAGUGUUGAGGAGGAGGAGGACUUUGAGGAGGCGAUCAGGGAGGCUGCCUCCUCCGUUGCUUCCAGAAGACAACCUGCACCAUCCGGACAACAAAUCAUCCCCCACAUCCCGGAGGCAGUGGACGACUUCCUGAGGAACCUCCUCCGGAGAGCCGGCCUGCGCCGGACUCUCAGCAGCUUUGAGGCAGAGUGGUACGGCUCAGCUCAGAAACUCCUGACAGAAACUGUGACGGUGGCAGCGACGGGCAUCUUGUUCAUCCCUGAUGCUCUCACUCACAAGCAGCUCCUCCAGAGCGAGCUGGACACGGUCCGCAGAGAGACGGACCUGCUCAGACAGCAGGUGCUGACGGCAGGGGAGAGCCUGGUGAGGAUGCAGAGGGAGAGGGAUUUCCACCGGCUACAGUACCGACGAGUCGCUGAGGACAAAAACAGGCUGAUCGAGGACUUCAAACAGCUGAAGAAACACCUGGAGUCCUACGAGCCGGCACUGAGGCAGCUGGACGACAAAUAUCAAGCAGCUCUGAGGCAGAAAAUGCUCAUCAGUUUAAAACAGGACAGAGUCCAAAACACCAGAGACGCAAGACUGAAUCAGGAAAAACCCCUGAUCAAGAAAGAGAACCUCAGAGGGAGCAACAGCGCUGAGAAAUCACCAGCAAAAAGCACCACAACCAGACAGCCAAAGGCGUUUCCCGUCUGCGGCACACUGGUGAACCCUCAUGUGGCUCAGGUGAACUUUCCAAAAUGGAAAAACCCCAGUUCCUUCAGCCUGUCCUGCUCCAUCACAGCCCACAAGCUUCCCAUCAGCUGCAUCGACCUCCAUCCGCGAAAACUGAUCCUCGCCUCCGCCUCUGACGACCGCAGCUGGAGGUUGUGGGCGCUGCCAGCCAACGGAGAGAAGGUUGGUCAGAUGGUGCUGACAGGUGAGGGUCACUCUGAUUGGCUGUCUGGCUGCAGUUUUCAUCCUGAUGGAGCAAAACUUGCAACAACCAGUGGAGACACUAUGGUGCGGCUCUGGGAUUUCUCUCGUGGCUGCUGCUCGUUGAUGCUGUCCGGUCACAGCCAGCCUACCUGGGGCUGCUCGUUCCACUCGUGCGGUCACGUGCUGGCUUCCUGCUCUGCCGACAGAACCGCCAAGCUGUGGGAGCUGAGCAGUCAGCGUUGCCGCCUCACACUGCGUCGCCACAGCGCCUCCGUCAGCAGUGUCUGCUUCCUGCCCUUCUCCGACCUCCUCCUCACCUGCUCGGCUGACAAAACCCUCGCCAUGUGGGACGCCAGGCUAGGUGUCUGCACCGCUACCUUCCGUGGACACCGGCACCCCUGCAACCACACCGCCUUCAGCCUGGCAGGAAACGUCAUGGCUUCCUGUGACUCGCGUGGCAUCAUCAACCUUUGGGACAUUAGGAAACCUGCAUUGGCAACGGCCUUGGUAGAUGCUGGGCCGCAGGCCGCCAACCAGGUGGCGUUCAGCCCAUCAGGGAAGACGCUGGCUGUCGCCAGCAGCGACGGCCUGGUCAGAGUGGUGGAGGUGGAUUCCUGCACGGUGAGCAGCCUGUCAGGACACAGCGAUGGCGUGCAGAGUGUGACAUUCGACCACAAGGGGGAGACUGUGAUAUCAGCAGGGAGCGAUGGGGUGAUUAACGUCUGGUCGUGACAUAAUGUGAAUGAAAAACUUAGGUGAAACCAGCCGAAGAUGUUUUAUAUGUUGAUCAGAUUUUUAAAAUGUUUUUUGUGGUAAUGCAAAAGUUCUCUCACAAAUUGUUUGAUACUAGUACCGAUACAAUACCUGAGUCUCAGAAUCUAUACCAAAAUCAUACUUUUUUUGAUAGCUUACUUUGAGAAAUAAAGAUUUUUCUAAAAAAAAA